AUGAGUACAAAUGACAAGGAAAUGCUGUUAUGCUUCUUACAAAACUUUACUGAUAUCAAUAUCAUACCUGUGAAAUUGUCUGCAGCACUCCCUGGUUACUACCAUGCCAUUGCGAGCGAUCCUGAACUUUCUGCUAUUGCUUCGAAAAAAUGCGAUGCUGUUCUACAAGAACUUUCCCAUCACAAUUCUGAAAUAGUAGCGAGAUGCAGUUCUCUUCGACAAUCUAUUGAGGCAUCUAAAAACCCGACUAAUGUAAUACAAGAACAUGUUGACUUACAAGACUUGUCUGAUAUGCCAUUUUUGAGCUCUCAGCAGCAUAUGGCGAACUUGAUCAUCGAAGAAAUAGACCUCAAAGAUUACAUAGAUUAA